AUGGAGGUCCUGGACGUUCAGAUGGCGGUGCAUGUCUACCGACAGCUCGGGGACGCGGGGAUGGUCAUGGGCCUGGAACGCAUAGCCUACGUGGAGGACAAGAACCUGUUGGCGGGGCACGUGGCCCUCCUGUUCGGCAACUAUCAGACCGCGCAGGCAAGAAGAAACCUCUUGCCUCUAAAACCAAUAGGAGAAGUUACUGGGAAACCAGAGGAGGAAAAAAUGAACACUCGACGCAGAUGCCUCAGCGUUUCGUGCAGGGAUCCUUACGUUUCUGUCCUGCUGAAGCGUCAUUCGCUACUUCCGGCGCUGGAGAUGAGAUGGGACCUGAGACACUGGGACCAAGCCCUCAAGCUGGCGCACACGCUCGCCCCGCACAAGGUGCCCGAGCUGUGCGUGGAGUACGGCCAGCAAUUGGAGUUUCGAGGCAGCAACGACGACGCUCUUGCGAUGUACGAGUCUGCCCUCAGCAGCACCAGUGGUGGUGGUGGUGGCAGCAGCGCCGAAGAGCACAAACUGUCUUUCCCCCCCGACGCCGCCGGCGGCGACGUGGACGACAACGAUGAGGACGCCGCCGCCGCCCGGGAGGACGAGACCCGACGAGCGGUGUGCCUGGCCGGGGUGGCUCGCUGCACGCUGCGGUCGGGCGACCUACGAAAAGGGUUGCGGCUCGCGAAAGGAGCCGGAUAUCCCAAUGUGAUGCAUGAUGUCUGCGGAAUCGCCAACAACUCAUUCCCCACGUCCAGAUCGUCCCAGCUGUUCCGGGAAUGUGCGGGUAUCCUCGAAAGCAUGAAACAGCCGGCGGAAGCCGCUGCGAUGUACGAGCUGGGAGGCCAGGACCACCGUGCCGCCGCUAUCUACGUCGCCGCCAAGGACUUGGACAAGGCCGCGACGGUCAUGCCGAGGGUAACGCAGCCCAAGCUUCUCGGACAGUACGCCAAGGCCUGCGAGAUAACCGGAAGGUGCGGCGGUUGUCGCAAGCGGUCCUCGGGGCAGGCUCGGCGUUCGGUCGCCUCCCCUUUGGCAACAGGCACCAUGUUUUGCGAAGGCGAGUCAACGAGCGAGGACAUGAAAAGUGACGUGUCCCUCAGCAAACCACCCACUUCGGCGUCGCAAAAAGGCCGAGAACGCCUGGCCAUUAACCUUGCCCCCUGCUUCGAUCCCGGCUUGGUCAACAUCAGGUUGGAGCAAGCCUUGGAGGCGUACGAGCGAGCGCGGGACAUGGACUCGGUGGUGCGGCUGUGCCUCGACCAGCUCGACCAGUCGCAUAGAGCGUUCGCCAUUGUGCGAGAGAACGCUUCCAGCACUGGCGCGGAGAUGGUGUCGCGGCACUGUCAGGAUGCCGGGGACUGGGAGGGCGCGAUCGAGUUCCUGCUCAUGGCCAAGAGGACAGCCGACGCCUUCAACCUGGCCAAGUCGCAUGCACGGAUGGACAUCUUCACGAAGGUGUUGGGUACUGACGUCUCUCCCGACGACGCCUUGAGCGUGGCUCGGUUUUACGAGGGAAAGCACGAGCUCGGCAAGGCGGGUAAAUUCUACAGCCUGUGCGGUCAGCAUCACCGAGCACUCAAGCUCUUCCUUCAGUGCGGCAAGCAGGAGGUGGAGGCCGCCAUUGCCGUGGUGGGCAAGGCCCGCAACGACAUGCUGACGCACACCCUGAUCGACUUCUUGAUGGGGGAAACGGACGGGGUGCCCAAGGACCCCAACUAUAUCUACCGCCUGUACAUGGCUCUGGGCAGCUACUCUCAGGCUGCGAAGACGGCGAUCAUCAUCGCCAAGCAGGAACAAGACUUGGGCAACUACAAGGUGGCGCACGGGAUCCUCUUCGAGACGAUCCGACAGCUAGAGGAUCAGGGGAUACAUGUCCCGCAGGCCCUCCGUCGAAGCUUUGUGCUGCUGCACAGUUACAUUUUGGUGAAAAAAAUGGUCCGACGCGGAGACCACGAAGGCGCGGCCCGGAUGCUGUUGAGGGUAGCCAGGAGCAUCUCGCGAUUUCCGACGCACAUCGUGCCCGUGCUUACGUCUACCGUAAUCGAGUGCCAGCGGUCGGGGCUGAGGAACUCGGCGUUCGAGUACGCGUCGACGCUCAUGCGGCAGGAGUACCGAGGACAAAUCGACAAGAAGUACCGCCGCAACAUCGAGGCCAUCGUUCGCCGUCCGAACCGCGACGAAGAGCCAGAGCCGACUUCCAAGUGCCCCAUCAGCGCGGCUGAGGUGCCCAUCACCCAGCUCGAGUGCCCUUCUACGAAGGACGCUCUCCCUAUGUGUGUCAUAACGGGACAGCACAUGGUGAAGGAGGACUGGUGCCUCUGUCCGAGGUCAAGGAUGCCGGCACUCCUGUCGCACUACGAGAGUCACCUGCAGUACGAACAGGCGAACAACUCCAAGCCCCACGAGAGACGGGGAAGUGGAGAAGACCGCGAAGAAAAACAGACCGACGCGGCGGCAAACGACGAGGCCGGUGGAGCAAACGGUCCAGUAGAACCGACAGCACCGAGAGGGGCAGCAGGAGGAGGAGGAGGAGGCGAGUACUUAGGCUACACCGGGACGGAUCCCGUCACCGGGCAGCUCGUGCGAAGUGGGGAGCUUGUCAAGGCCUCCCCGGCGGAGGUGGCCGACUACCUCAAGCGCUACAACGAGCUGGACGACGGAGGGGAGGGCCAGGAGAACGACGGCGCGCCGGGAGGGCGAGAUACGGGCGCUGCUGCGGGGUCAUCGGCGGGCGGCGGUGGCCGAGGGGCGGUUAAUGAGGCCUUCGGCGUUGACGAUGGCGGGCGGGCGGCGGACGCCCGGGACCACAAGAACGGCGAGGGCAGGGCAAAGGACUCAGCUCCGGUUGCCUCUGCUGGCGGGGGGGCGUAUCGUGGCAACCACAACGUGCCGGCGGCUGGCUGA